AUGACCGACUUUUCCAAAGCCGAGAUCUCCGACAACAUCCAAGUCCAAACCAAGCAGACUCUAUCCACGCAAUGCCUCGGAACAGGCGACCACUUUCCUGGACAUCUCAAUCGGACUAGAUGGUCUCGUAAACGAGGACAACGCCAUAGACGAACCAAUCGGAGCAGCCUGACAGACGGACCGCAGUCAAUGGCUCGCCUGUCUUGA